AUGGGGAACCACGGCUCAAACCUGGAGGACAUCCUGGCGGAGGACAUGCACCACUGGUACAAUAAGUUUAUGCGAGAGUCUCCGUCAGGCCUCAUCACGCUGUUCGAGCUGAAGGCCAUCCUCGGACUGAAGGGCAUGAAUGAGAACGCUAACAGCUACGUGGACCAGGUCUUUUUCACCUUCGACAUGGACGGGGACGGCUACAUCGACUUUGUGGAGUACAUCGCUGCCAUCAGUCUGCUGCUGAAAGGAGAAAUCAACCAGAAACUAAAGUGGUACUUCAAACUCUUCGAUCAGGACGGGAACGGGAAGAUCGACCGAGACGAGCUGGAGACAAUUUUUUCGGCCAUCCAGGACAUCACACGGAACAGGGACAUCGACCCAGAGGAGAUCGUCACACUCAUAUUUGAGAGGCUCGACGUGAAAGGAGAAGGUGAAAUGACGCUUGAGGAGUUCAUCGAGGGAGCCAGAGACCACGAAGACAUCAUGGACAUGCUGAGGAAAAUGAUGGACCUGACGCCAGUGUUAGUCAUCAUUGUUGAGGGUCGAGCAGGAUGAGAACGCAAAGCUGUGUCUGCGGCAGAACCAAAGACUGAAGCAGCAAAACCCAAACUUCACCCCUUUGACGAGAGAAAAGACUUGAUCUGCUUCCCUUCUUCUGUUUACAGCUCAGAGAGCAGGACUGAGGACAGGUGCUGUGAUGUCAGACUCUGAUUGGUCAUUCAGACUAAAUCCAACUGCACCUCUCCUCCCCACCUUCAGGUGUCAGGUUGAAAAAUGAACUAAAGAGACCCAAAGACUUUGAUGAGCUUUGUGAGAUCCAACUAACAAAUCCACAUCAGCUGUUUUUCAGAUUAAGAACCACCAGAGUCCAGACUGAAGACCACCAGAGUCUAGUCUGAAAAUACUUCGUUCAAUUUGGGAACCAGAAAAAACUGAGUCCAGAUUGAAAAUCAUCAAAGCCCAAUCUAAACAAACCAGUCCAAUCUGAGGACCAUCAGAGUCCAAACUAAGGACCAGAGUCCAGACUGAAGACCACCAGAGUCCAGUCUGAACAAAUUAAGUUCAAUCUGAGGACCACCAGGGUCCAGUCUGAGGACCACCAGGGUCCAGACAUCAACAGGUGUUGUGAUGUCAGAAUGUCAGGUGGACUAUGAUUGGCCGUUCCAGACUUUGAAAGUCCAAGUGCACCUCCCCGCCCCGCCUCCAGGUGUCAAGAGACCC